UUUAUUAUUGUACAAUCUUAGUUUGGAGGGGGGGCCACAAGUGGGUCCAGGCUCAGUUGUACAGGGGCACUGGCCCCUGUUGCCCCCCCAGAACCGCCACUGAAAGUAGGUAAAGGACGGGAAGGAGCCGAGCCGAGUUAUGGGACUCGGACCCUGCAGCUGCGUCCUGCAGCUCUGCAGUCAGCUGACUGCGCUGCCAUGUCACGUGGUUGCGGUUUCAGUUCUAUAGGAGCAACUGACUUUAUUUCUUUACACUCGGUCAGUAUGGUUGUUUAACACGGGGUUUGUUUAAAGGUCUGAGCGGAGUGAAGCUUUAGACAGCACCAUAGAAGAAGAAGAAGAAGAAGAAGAAGAAGAAGUAAGAAAAGAGGAAGAAGAAGAAUAUAAGAGUUGAGUAUCGGAGUUGGGGAGAAUUGACUGCAUCCUAGUUCGUCUUCCUUCCGUAACUGAGAGCAGGUUACUUCAAUUAAGAAUGCAUUUGGCCGUGCUUUUAUUUGUGGCGCUGCUCUCUGUGGCCACCUUCGCCCUCGACAAUGGAGUGAUGAGGGUCCCUCCCAUGGGCUGGCUGGCAUGGGAACGAUUCCGCUGUGACAUCGACUGUGAACACGACCCCAAGAACUGCAUCAGUGAGAAUCUGUUCAUCGACAUGGCCGACAGACUUGCAGAGGACGGCUGGAGGGAACUCGGCUACGUGUAUGUGAACAUAGAUGACUGCUGGUCCUCCAUGAAGAGAGACGACAAGGGACGGCUGCAGGCUGACCCUAAAAGGUUUCCAGGAGGAAUCCAUAAACUGUCACGGUACUUGCAUGACAGGGGUCUCAAGCUGGGCAUCUACGGGGACAUGGGCACACACACCUGCGGGGGUUACCCCGGCACAACACUGGACAAGAUUGACUUAGACGCUCAGACCUUCGCCGACUGGGAGGUGGAUAUGUUUAAAUUUGACGGUUGUUAUUCCAAUGCCACAGAGCAAGCGCUGGGUUACCCUCUCAUGUCAAAGGCUUUAAAUGCUACAGGCCGUCCCAUUGGCUACUCCUGCAGUUGGCCUGCCUACCAUGGUGGCCUGCCACCAAAGGUAAACUACACUCAGUUGGGCGAGAUCUGCAAUCUGUGGCGUAACUAUGGCGACAUCCAGGACUCCUGGGACAGUGUGCUGAACAUUAUUAACUGGUUCUUUGAAAACCAGGAAGUCAUGAUAUCUGCAGCUGGACCUGGAAAGUGGAACGACCCUGAUAUGCUGAUUGUUGGUGACUUUGGCCUCAGCAUGGACCAGUCCCGGUCUCAGAUGGCUCUGUGGGCGAUUAUGGCUGCUCCUCUAUUCAUGUCCAAUGACCUGCGCACCAUCAGCAGCAAGGCCCGCACCAUCCUGCAGAACAAAAUGGCCAUCAGCAUCAACCAGGACCCCAUGGGCAUCCAGGGAAGGCGCAUUGUAAAGGAAAAGAUCGGCAUUGAUGUGUUCUGGCGGCCUCUGUCAAACAAUGCCAGUGCAUUGGUAUUCUUCAGUCGCCGUAAUGACAUGCCCUACCGCUACCAGACUACCCUCAGCAAACUCAACUACACCACCGGCACCUACAAGAUCUAUGAUGUCUUCACUGACAAGACUAUGAUUCUGAAAGACUCCACUGGCUUCGUGGUGUCAGUGAACCCCACAGGUGUGGUCAUGUGGUAUGUGUCUGCACCCGCCACAAGGAACCUCCGGCAGUUCCAUAAAGGUGGCAGACUCCGGGGAUCUGCCCACGAUGAUGAAAACGCCAACCCUCGUGUCUUCCUCUGAUCACUGACAGAACUUUAGCACAUAAUAGAUCUAAAUGGUGUUAUCUUAAAAGCAUGGCACUAUCGAUUCCAAGUAUUGAAAUCCCGGGGCGGCCAUUUUGCAUCUGGAUAUGCCACUAAUCUGAAAUUCUUUGUGUGAUCCUUCUCUCAAAUUCUGUUCUAGUGAUCAACUGAAAAGGUCCAGAACAAAGCACACUUUAUUUUAUAAUGAGAAAAGCAAUGACUUUGGACAUAUUUUAAGCAUUUAUGUACUUCACAGAGCAUGAGAGCUGAUGAUUAAUUGUAUCUCUGUUGAGAUCGCAAAAAUGAGGAAAGUCUGCGUAUUAAACUUUUCUAAAAGAGUUGUUGCACUGCUCAGGAUUAUAGUUAUGAAUGUUUUUUUAAGAAAUUGUUUUUUUUUUGUUUUUCUUUUUUAAAGGAAAUGAUUGAAUGAUAUUCUUCAAUGAAAUAAAUAAUUUGCUUUUAAAUUAGGCAAAGGUUUGUGUUUCA